AUGGGGGAGGGUAUAAGAACUCCUUAUUAUUCGAGGAAACAAUGGACGGGAUCGAUGGAUAGAUCUUCCGGGUGUGUUAGUUUGAACCAGAACGACGGGAAUCGUCAUCCGUGUCCGAAAUGUUAUAGAAGCUAUAAACAUCGUAGCCACAUGAUACGUCACUAUAGAUACGAGUGUGGAACCCCACAGAGAUUCGAGUGUCCUUACUGCAAGCAUCAUUUACGUCAAAGGACACACGUUUGGACCCAUAUACGUACAUUGCAUCCUAAUCAGGAACUUUAUUGUAUCGACAUCGAGUUCCAUGUGUCGCCAUCGUCGUUGGUAAUACCAAACUUCAUGUGUAAAUAUCGUCCAGAAAACGGGAACGAGACUGUUAGGCGUAACAAUAACAACAACGACAACGACAACGACAACAAUAACGAAGAAUUGAGAAUGCCGAUGUUAAAGCCAAAACGUGUUGAAAAAAAAAGACCAUUUAGUUGUCAAAAAUGCGGACGUGCUUUCACAUUGAAGAGAAACAAGGAUCGCCAUGUUAAUUACGAGUGCGGACACGAGCCAAGAUUUCAAUGUCCAUAUUGUGGAUUACGUAGCAAACAAACGUCACCCGUUUACAACCAUAUCAGGAAGAAACAUCCGGACGAAGAGGCAACAACAACAAGGACCCGAGGCAAAAUCCAAGCGGUACAACAUCAGCAACAGCAGCAGCAGCGGCGGCAGCAUCAUCAACAGCGACAACAACAACGACAACGUCAUCAUCAUCAUCAUCCAGAUCGCCGAACUAUUACUACGGUCACAGCAGAGUCAGGAGCACCUAUAAAAGAGAAAAUUUCAGCCCGGAUUACUUCAAGAAACCCUUCGGUUGUCCUAAGUGUAGCAAGCGUUUCACCGUUAAGGGUAACAUGA